UGCCUGGACAUGGACAAUCAGACCCGGAUCUUUGAAUUUAUCCUCCUUGGCCUCUCUGAGCAGCCAUUGCAGCAGCAGGUGUUCUUUGGUCUGUCUUUCAGCCUGUAUCUGAUUGGGUGCAUGGGGAAUCUGCUCAGCAUUCUGGCCAUCCUCUUGGACCCUCACCUCCACAGCCCCAUGUACUUCUUCCUCAGCAACCUGUCUCUUCUUGACAUCUGCUUUGCCUCCACCACCAUCCCCAAGAUGUUGGUGAACCACCUAUGUGGGCACAGCACCAUCUCCUCCAAGGCUUGCCUGACCCAGAUGUAUUUCUUCAUUACCUUUGGGGCAGCUGACAGCAUCCUUCUUUCCACCAUGGCUUAUGACCGCUAUCUAGCCAUCUGUUGCCCACUACGCUACAUCACAAUCAUGAGUGUUCUUCGUUGUGCCUUGCUGGUGGCAGUCCCCUGGAUCUCAGCAAACCUCAUCUCCAUGGUCCAUACUAUCCUGAUGACCCGCUUGUCCUUUUGCACCAAUAGGAUCCCACACUUUUUCUGUGACCUCAAUGCCUUGAUCAAGCUCUCCUGCUCCAAUACCCAAGUCAAUGAGAUGCUGGUGUUGGUCUUCGGGGGCUCAGUUGUUCUGAUCCCUUUUGUGUGCAUCAUGGCCUCUUAUACACCUAUUGCUAUGGCUGUGUGGAAGGUGCCCUCAGCACAGGGGAAGUGGAAAGCAUUCUCCACCUGUAGCUCUCACCUUUGUGUUGUUGCUCUCUUCUAUGGGACCAUUAUUGGGGUCUACUUCAACCCUGCAUCCACACACACCACCCAGAAGGACAUAGCAACCACAGUGAUGUACACCAUGGUCACCCCCAUGCUGAACCCCUUCAUAUAUAGCCUUCGGAACCGAGAUCUGAAGGAAGCCCUCUGGAAACUUCUCAAAGGAAACCACUUGGCUAAGCCUCUUUAA